ACAAAGUAUUUGAUUGGUGAACCGGGCGUCUACGUCAGAGUUACUCGCUUGUAGUGUUGUCAAGUCGUGUUACUAGGAGACUUUAAAAUGUGUAAAUAAGCUCGAACAUUAAAUGUACAAACAUACACAUAUUAAACACAUUAGGCUGCAAAGUGAGUCUCUCUAGGUGAAGGUUGACGGUUUGUUUGAGGAAGUGAAGUGAGGUGGGAAAAUGCACGAGCAAACUUGACAGUGUUUGUUGUAAUUUGGCGUUUCGCAAAGCUUGAAUCUCCCACACGGCUUAUUAUUAACAGCAACAGCUCCGGUUUAAUUCCGGGUUAUACGGUUUCAAUUCUGGUUUGGGAGCCAACAAGAUCACUGUUACAAUACAAUCAUGAGUGUAGCACGCAGAAUUGUUAUGAGGACUGGGAUGUUUCUCAUUCAGCCCAGCGUGCAGGUGAUGGCAGCGCGGUGUGUGUUUGCAGGGCCGAUUAAGCGACUUUCCCCCCCGGUCAGUUUUACUCAGUCCCGCUCGUGGUGCUCUGAUGGGCCCGUUGCUGAACGGGAUGAAGAAGUCAGGCUGCAUCGGCUUGAUGGUGAAGACAACGGUAUAGCGGAAGUGCUGAUGUGUCGUGAGAGGGCGCGGAACUCUCUGGGACGCGUGUUUGUGGGUCAGAUGAGAGAGCUGGUGUCAUCGUUACAUCAUGACGCAGCGGUUCGUGUGCUGAUCUUUAGGAGUUUGAUACCUGGAGUCUUUUGUGCAGGGGCAGAUCUUAAAGAGAGAGCCCAGAUGAGUAAUCCUGAGGCAGAGCUGUUUGUACACGGCCUGCGAUCACUAAUGAAUGACAUCGCUGCGCUGCCCAUGCCAACCAUUGCAGCAGUGGACGGCUUUGCUCUCGGGGGCGGUUUGGAAUUGGCUCUAGCGUGUGACCUUCGCACUGCAGCACAUUCUGCGCAGAUGGGCCUGAUUGAAACUACGAGAGGAUUACUCCCAGGGGCUGGAGGCAGUCAAAGGUUGCCCCGGACGGUCGGCUUUGCCAUGGCAAAGGAACUGAUUUUCACAGGACGCCGUGUCGGGGGUGAACAGGCUGCAGAGUUGGGGCUGGUCAACCGCUCCGUGCCGCAGAACCAGACAGGAGACGUGGCACACAUAGAGGCUCUUAGUCUCGCAAGAGAGAUCCUGCCUCAGGCCCCGAUCGCUGUACGAAUGGCCAAAGUAGCCAUGAAUCGAGGCUCUGAGGUGGACAUCUCUUCAGGAAUGGCCAUUGAGGGAAUGUGUUAUGCCAGGCUCAUUCCUACACGAGACAGACAAGAGGGCAUGUCUGCGUUUAUAGAGAAGAGGCCUCCGAGGUACAUUGGAGAGUGAAAGUUUAAACAAUACAGUACAAACAUAUUGAACAUUCUGUACUAUGACUAUGGUUUCAGUUUCCCUUGAAAUCUGAGCUUCACAAUGCCUAAAGAUAACAAAAAUGCAAAAACUUUGUCAUACUCUUCAUUUUGUUUUAUGUUUCUUGAUAGAGUUGCUAAAAGAAGUUUAUCCAGAUUGAGAAAAUACAUCAAAUACUUAAAAAUGAAAAAUUAUUCUAAAAAUAAAAUAGUUUGUAAUUGUGGAGCUAGGAAUAUUCAAAUUUUAAUAUUUAUUUGAAUGCUUUAAUUUGAGAAAUUCUUUUACAUGAACGUGUCAAUAAAGAUGGACAGCAGACUGAA